UAUUUAACGAUGCUUUUAUUGUGAUUAAUCAUCGAUACAAGUUUUACCGUAUUUGCUCGUUCAUUUUCUGUGUAUAUUUAAAUGAAGCUUUUCAUUUUAAUUUACAUGUAUUCGUCGAAUUUAGAAUUGAUCAAUGUUAUACAAUUUGUUUCAAUUAUCAUGCUUCAUGUGUUUUUCUUCUCUUCUCUCUCUUAUUCACCUGAUAAAUCUUAUCCCAACCCAUUCCCGCUGCUUCCCUAAGCGCAUAUCAUGCAUGCGAGAGUCGAUUUACUUUUACUACUGUUAUUAUAACCCUAUUGAAUGUGAUAUUGUUUCUUCUACAAUUUGAGUCUUGUACUAUGUCCGACAUGCCUGGUAAGUUUAAUUCUCAUUUCAUUUUUUCCCGUGAUUACGAUAAUGCUUAAACUAUAUACCAAAGGGAGAAAGCAUUGGUUUCAUGAAUCAUCCUAUUCUAAUCUAUCAUUUACAUUAUCUAUUUGUAACGAUAUUUACAUGUUGUGAUGUUUACAGCCAGAGAAAUUAAUUUCCCACACAGUUCGAUCACACUUGUUACGCCGAAUUCCUCACUUGUUUUACAUAACAAGCAUAAUGUGUCAACUCUAACACGAAGUCAUUUUAACAAUUUACCAAGAUUUAAUUUAAACGUAAUUCAAAUGAUGAUUUCUCUAUGUCAGUGUCCAGAAGCAACGAAUUUGAACUCUAUCAUAUUAAUCCGAUCUUCUUUUUUUUUUGACCGCUCGAUUUAGGACCACCCAUUUGUAUUCUGGACAACCCAUGUGUGCGUGGUUCUUGUAGCGGUGACGAUUUCGGGACCGAUGAUUUUGUAUGCGACUGCACUGGGACUGGUUAUCAAGGAUCAACCUGUAUUAUAGAUUACGACGAAUGUGCGAACGAUGACUAUACCUGUGACCCUGUAUCGGAAGAAUGUUCGAACAAUGUCGGCUCUUAUGACUGCGUAUGCGCAGAUGGCUUCGAGGAUAACAGCGGAACAUGUGAAGAUAUCGACGAGUGCAGCGACGGUACAGAUGACUGCUUGUCAUCACUCAGCACAUGUCAGAACACACCCGGAAAUUACACUUGCGACUGUGACUCAGGCUACGAGGGAGAUGGACUAAACAGUGGCAACGGGUGCAGCAAUAUCGAUGAAUGUUCUGAGGGGACUGAUACCUGUCACUACCGAGCCUCGUGUACAGACAGCGUUGGUAGCUAUACAUGUGACUGUAAUGCUGGGUAUACCGGAGAUGGUGAAUCGUGUAGCGACGAGGAUGAAUGCACUCUCAACCUUGACAAUUGCCUCUCUGGACUCUCCAAUUGUCUUAACGGUAUCGGAACAUUCUCCUGUGAGUGUGUCAAUGGUUACGAGGGCGAUGGCGUCUCAAAUUGUACAGAUAUCGAUGAAUGUGGCGAGGGCACUGAUUCUUGUCACGCACAGGCUCAGUGUAAUAACACCAUCGGCUCAUAUACCUGCACAUGUGACUCAGGAUUCAGCGGAUCCGGCUGGGUAUGCAACGAUAUCUACGAGUGUACAGUGGGUACUCAUAACUGUUUAAACAAUACCGGGAAUUGCACCAAUACCUACGGUUCCUUUGAAUGCGCCUGUAACAGCGGUUACCACGGUGAUGGCAUUACGGUUUGCAAUGAUACUGACGAAUGCACAGAAGAAAUUGAUAACUGCCACCCGUCUUUGGCCAACUGCACGAAUACUAUCGGUGAUUUCAUCUGCGCCUGCUUCGCUGGUUACUCCGGCAACGGGGUGAGGUGUGAAGAGAUAAAUGAAUGUAUAGAUUACAAUGUCACGUGUUCUGAUGUCGGGGUCUGCGUUGAUCUCAUCGAUGAUUACAUAUGUGACUGCGAGUACGGCUACUGGGAUAAAGACUGCGACAAAGACGCGGCGUACCUCUACACCUCCAAUUAUUUCGCUGGUUCCCUUUACUGGUCGUUCGACACCUUCAACGAGACCGGCGAUGGCAGUUAUCCGAACCAAAAUGUCAACAUGAGCAUGUACAACGCCAUCCCCGGAUUGGCGGUCCAACAAAACUACUCCAUCGCGGGUAAUUCGAUCUGGACCCGUUUUAACGGCACCGACGACUGCAUAGACUUCGGAGAUUUCUCCGGUUCGUGCUUCAGCGAUCCGAGUCUGUGCACAGACGGUUUUGCCAUGGCGUUCUGGAUACGUCUAACCGAGGACGAAAUCAAAGAAUCCGGUCCAGUAUACAUCAUGAGUUCCGGGAUGCCUGAUGCUCGUGGGUUUGGUAUCUACCGUGAGGCCCGGAAGAUAACCGUCCAAGUCAACGAUGGAUCUACAACCUUCACGGUGGAACUCAACAACCUGAUGCCAGCGGACCUGUGGAAGAACCUGGGAUUUGCAUGGAGUUCCACUGUCGGGUUGUCCGUAUUCCUAGACAGAGCGAGAGUCGGAAAGGACCCCUCCGGCAGCUCCACCGGUCUCAGCGAUGUCCUCAACACCAUGACCAUGGGUUGCCGCUACAAUGGUGGCUCCUUCACCGGCCACUCUACGGGGAUGUUCGAUGAACUGAUCAUCUUCCCCGUGUGGGUUAAUACAACUAAUGAACUGAUUUGGCUUAUGGGAGGAUGGGAUGAGGAUGACUGCGUGAUUGAGCCGUGCGUCCAAGGUGACUGUUACGACGCAGGAAUAGCUGCCUACAUAUGCGACUGCUUCCCCGGAUAUAAUGAAACUAAUUGUGACAUGGAAAUCGACGAGUGUGAGUCCUACCCUUGUCAAAAUGGAGGAACAUGCACGGACUGGAUCGCGUACUACACGUGCGAGUGUGCGUUCGGUUACACUGGAUAUAGCUGUGAGAAAGAUUUGUCUCCCAACUAUGAUUAUUCCAACGUCAAGAGUUUGAAGGCGCAGUUCCUGUUGAUCACACCCGAGAUCAACCCUUACUACGCGACGGUGGCCGACCACUACUUCCCCCUCAACAACUUAGGCGAGUUGGAGAUCACGGGCGCCAACAUCUCCGCCGCCUUCGGGCGCGCCGAGCUCGGCCUCUAUCCGUCCAUUGACGGCGCCGACACCUACGUCGAGAUCGGAAACUUCACCGACGGCUGUCUAAGCGACCCCAGUUUGUGUCCAUACGGCUUCACGCUGGCCUUCUGGUUCCGUAUGAAUAAGAAUUCAACGAAUAUGACCGAGGGUGUGGUCUUCUCCACCGCUGGACCGGUCAACGGCGAGAGGGUUGGGAUUAACAUCGUGCUCUCUAGUAACAAGUCAUUAUUGAUAGAAGUUUGCGAUGGCUCAACUGUCAGUAGUGUGGUGAUAACCAAAACAGAACUGGCAUUCGAGAAUUGGCUUCAUAUUGGGGUUUCCUGGUCUGCUGAUCAGGGCUUGAUCGUGUAUUUCGGCGGAAAGACGCAUACAAGGGAGACUACAGUGGAAAACGCCAACGCGACUAACACCUUUGACACCAUGACUCUCGGAUCCAUGUUCGGCUCCCGAGGAUCGGCCGACUCGGUCGUGUUCAACGAUCUCGUCAUAUGGGGUCGAGCGAUCAGGCCAUACGAGAGACACAUCCUAUUUGGAAUGACACGGCGUGAGUUCGCCAUGAUCGAAACAUCGGACCACUACUGGACCAGCGACGGAUACGUCCGGCGUGACUGGGCGACCCUGGCUGAGUACAUGCCAGAGUACGCAGCCAACUUCCACCCCAUGGACCGAGCCGGUGAGGCCGAUGUCAUCCUGGGUCAUGGACGAGAUGAGAAGGGCCAGUCGGUCAUGGUCCUUGGGGACGGAGAUGGGUGGCUGUUUUUCGGUGACUUUGCUGGAACGUGCAUUAGCAACACCCACAAAUGCUCGGACGGGUUAUCCGUUUCGACCUGGGUUAGACUCUCACAAGUCUUUGACAACGAAACCCAUUUCUUUAUAAGCUCAGGAGAGCAGGUAACCCGUGGGUUCUCCAUCUUCCAGCGGGAAGUGGAUCGCCUCGGAGCGGCUGUCACCGACGGCUACACGAGAUGGGUGACCGAGAUUGUGCACGUCCCUUUCAUCCAGAAUGAAGACAACAUGACAGUGACCGACGCGCCCGGGUUCGACUUCAUGGGGGAGUGGACCAACCUGGGCUUGACCUGGACACAAGAUGAGGGUCUAUUCUUCUACAUGAACGGUCGGGUCGUGGCCCACGAUCCGAUCGGGUACCAGAAGUUCCGCGCAAGCGACUUUGAGACCGUAUUGAUUCUCGGCAGGAGGAACGACUACCUGGGCCAUGCCAGUAAUAUUUCCUUUGACGAGUUGGCCAUAGCGGAGAGAAAGAUGGAGCCGUAUGAAUACCGUGAUACAUUUGCCAAGAUGGACAAUCUUCAAUAUACGGACGCACAGUACAAGUGGGGAACCCUGGACCUCAUCAGUGGUAACCCGCACGUUCUCAGCGCCCAUAGUCUUCCACCAGGCUUCGUGUUCAACGGUACUGCCUAUCCACGUGUGGGCUAUGUAGGUCCCACACCUAAUAUAACCCUUGAAGAUGAUUUGACUGUAAACCUGCCUGGAUACCCAGACUACAUCACUCUGGGUGAUUUUAGGGAGACCUUUGUAAGCAAACCUACUGGAAAGGGCCUCAGUGUCUCGUUCUGGACCAAGCUUCAUUUCGACGUCGUAGCCUCGGCUAACGAUGCCGCCAACGUGGUGGUCAACACGCCAUCGGAGAACGAUACGACCACGAUGCCCCCACCCACUACCCCUGCGCCACCGGUAGAGAAGCAGUUUCUCUUGAGCUCCGGAGGACAAGGUUCCACCAAGGGAUUCAAUAUAUUCUUAGAGGGCGAAGGUUUGAACUUUGUGGUCGAUGACGGCAUCACGAUGUCAUGGAAACGAAUCAACACAGCAGAAAUUAAAUCAGAUACAUGGACGAACAUUGCCUUUACGUGGCAUAGGAGGGAGAAUUUCAUCAUAUACAUCAACGGCAAGGAAAUCGCUCCCAUUGACGCCAUUGUCAAUGUGUCCUCCUGUUGUCAAGGCAACCAGACGCUCUUUACCGUGGGACGAGGGAUGCAGGAGAAUUCUGAGUAUGCCAUCUUCAAGCUGCAUAAUCUGGUGAUCUGGGAGAAAUACAUCCAUCCGCAGCAUGUCUACAAAUUACUUGGAGUGACGACUAUCGAGAAAUACUACAUGGAACUGUCUGAUUAUUACUGGCCCUUCGACCCACCGGCGGACUUCCCCAUGCCCGUGCUCGCUUUCGAAGGCAAAGCCCGGCUGAAGGCCGACCGGCAUCACUUCGGCCGCAGCGUCUACACGAACGGCAAGAAAGAUUAUGUGAGGCUGCACGACUUCGGCUCGACGCAUUGCGUGACAAACCCGGCAAGGUGUGUCAACGGGAUGGCGAUGGGUCUGUGGGUGAAGUUGAGGGAUAUCCCCAGUGGCGCCAAAUGCCUUCUAACUUCGGGAGCAGACGUUGCGGAUGGACGUGGGGUUGCCAUCAUCCAAACACCUGACUACCUAGAAUUCGUUGUCAGUGAUGGCCGAAACACCUGGACGGUCAAGAAGUUCCUGGACAAAGAUCUCUUUAGCGUUUGGUUCUAUCUCGCAUUUAGAUGGCGCCCGGAGUCUGGUCUAAAGUUAUUCAUCAACGGACGAAAUGAAGGCGAAAAGGUGUCCGGCGUAGAGGACGAACGAUCUUCCGUGAAACAGACAGAGCUUCUAAUUGGCCGAUGCAGCUACAGUGCCUCAUCUAGCGGCUAUCUGGAGGCACAUUACGAUGAUAUCAUUGUCAUGACCCCAACUGCCGACCAGUCCCAGCCCGGUGCGUCAGUGCUUCACGGAGAUCCAAUCUGUACCGGAUAUGUAACCCCUGACCUGCACUUCAACUUGACCUCGCCGGACAGUGGAGUAUCUCUCUAUGAUACAAAGGCAGUCAGAAGAUUCACCAAAUACGGGGGUGACAAGAGAGGAGUUUCUCUGUACCACAAAACAUUUAGUAGAGGACUAGUAGAUAUAGGUAACUUCCGACAUGGUUGUUUAAGCUCUCCUUCUGGAUGCAACAGAGGCGUCACCAUCUCGUUCUGGAUGAGACUUCUAAACAUCGACAACCUGGAUGAUCCAGUGCUUAAUCCGCGAAGGAGGGCUUACAUACUGAGCUCCGGCGCGCAUGACAUCAAUUCCACGGGCUUUGCCAUCUUCACGAACAACGUGACGACAACGGUGGAAGUACGAACCGAGCACGGUGUCUGGAAGAAGCAUUACAUGAUCGGCUUCGUGGACGAAUGGACCAACCUUGCCCUGACGUGGGGCAAGCAGGAUGGUCUCUCUUUCUUCGUGAAUGGAGAACUUCAAUAUGAUUACGAAAUGCCGACUACCGUCAGCACCUAUAAUUCAACUGACGACGCCACGACUUCGGCUCCUCCGACCACGGAUCCUCCGACUACGACUCCCAUCCCGACGACCACCGAAGCGCCGACGACCACGGUCGUGACCACUCAAGCCGUGACCACUCAAGCCAUGACCACAGGAGGCAACGUCACCAACGGCACUACACCGGCCAACGUGACUUACGAAUACACCACCGACCUCACGACCACGCCCUUCGUUGAGAGGGAAACCACCCUAGAGGUGACGACCACGCCCAUUUGGACCACGCCGUAUCGGUGGAGCCCACGGGAGAACGACACCUACUCUCAUCUGGUGCUCGGGGCUAGGAAUGACCGGAACGAGGGCUACACCAGGGCAGAGUUCGCCGAUCUGGCUGUCUGGUAUGACCCCAUUGAUAUGAUGAAUCCAGAGCUGGCCAAGAUGGUGACAGGUGAAGAGUGCCACGAGAUCGUGAUCACUGACAACCAUGACGAACUGGCAGGUUACGAAGUGUGGACCGGAACCAUCGAAUGCGACGACCGCCAUCUUGCGGACUGUACCGAUGACCUUGAUAGUUUCUUCGAAGUUAUCUCGAAGGCGUCUUUCGAAGACCCGACCGUUUACGAGAUCGCUAAGGUUCGACUGAAGAACUAUACACAAACAGGGAUCUAUAUGACGGUUGAUGAGAUGAAAAUGACCACCGUUCUCCUCGAGAAGGCUUUGACGAGGACGUUGCCUGCGAUGAUGAUGCCCGAGGAAGCAAUGAGCGACAUGGAGGACCUCCUGUCCGUGACGAGCAACUUAUUCAAUGAUAACCGCCGACGACGCUGGACUACUAUUCAUCAGGCUCGUCGACGACGCGGUACAUUCACCACGGACAGCGCCAUGGGACUCGCCGUCAAACUUGAAAACUAUCUGAUGGCGAUAGCCAAGAUAGUCGAGGGCGUCAACGGAACCUGGACCGACAUCAAUAUGACGAUCGUUACUGACAACAUAGUUGUUCAAGUGGACAGGUAUCGGGCAGAUGACGUCAUUCCAGGUACUAUCUACCAGUUUCCUGACUAUGACAACCCACUGAUACUAGUUCCCAAUAGUUCGUGGUACGGGGCAACUGAUCAAAUCACGUUACCAAGAAAUGUUUACGACUACAUCCCAGCGAAUAGAGAUAACAACGGAGUGAUAAUCAUGAUUGGCAUCAUGUUCCAUACUUUGGAUGAAAUUCUACCAGUCGUGAGCAGUGAAGAUGCAAUCUACAAAGAGUCCAUGCAGGUUGAUAGCCGUAUCAUGUACCUCCGCACAGAACCACCACUACGUAAGGGCCUCUACAACAAAAUCGUUAUGCAGUUUGAACAUAAAACGCCUCUGUCCUCCAAAGAUGAACCAUUCUGCGUCUUUUGGGAUUUCAAUAUCCGGUACACGAAGGAGGGUGCGUGGAGUAUGAGAGGAUGCACACUGGAGGAAACCAACGACACCCAUACCACGUGCCACUGUGAUCACCUGACACAUUUCGCCAUCCUGAUCCAGGAUAGAGAUCAAGUGGUUGAGUCGAUUCACGCUAAAUACUUGAGCUACAUCACGUGGGGAGGUAUCGUCUUGUCUCUUAUCGCCCUCAUCCUUCUCUUACUCAUCUUCAUAUCAGUAGCAGACUUGCAUACCGUUCGUAACUCCAUCCACAUCAAUAUGAUCUUAUCCAUGCUGUUUGCCAAGAUCACCUACAUCCUCAUCGACUUCUUGGACCCCGCUACGAUCGACUGGAUUUCCUGCAAGGCGAUUGCCUGCGUGAUGCAGUUCUUCUAUACGGGGGUGUUUAGCUGGAUGUUGGUCCAGGGUGUCCAUCUAUUGGUAGAGGUGUGCAACCCUAAAAACGUCCCUUACAAACAGAAGUUCAGAUACUACUUCCUAGUCGCAUGGGGUAUUCCUUUCAUGAUUGUUGGCACUUCUUUUGCAAUGGCGCAUCAGGGUUAUGGUACAACGGACGAAUGUUGGUUGACAUUUGAGAACAAUGCAUUAUGGAUCUUCCUUGGCACCAGUUUGACAAUAAUCUUUAUCAACAUGCUGAUCAUCAUGUUUGUUUAUUGUAACACUUCCAAGCACUCAAGACGAUCGGAUCCCUUGAAGUCAAGAAAGGCAAGCUUACGAGCAACAUCCAUCAUGCUACCGUUGCUAGGAAUCACGUGGUCGUUGUCUGUUGUAGAGGUCAAGUAUGGUCUUAUUGAACUCACCUACGUCUUCACAGCAUUGCAUGCAUUGCAGGGAUUAUUCAUAGCCAUAUUCUAUGGUGUCUGCAAUCCUGAAGUACGGCUAGCCUUCAUGGGGCACGACUUACAGUUGGAAUUCUCAAAAGUGCAAGAAGUGUCAACUACACCAGAGCCAGAGGAAAUUGAGAUGGAGUCGGUUGCUAAGCCUUCAUAUAAGGCAUAGCACUCUCAUUGUCAUUCUUGCAUCCAAUCGGACCCCCUUUUCUUGGAAACUGAGGGG